AUGUCGUUCCAGGAAAUACCAGUGCUUGACCUACGUCAAGCUUUUGAUCCCGAGACCAAACCUCAAUUUCUUUCCCAGUUGAGAAAUGCAAUGAUCAAUGUUGGCUUUCUACUUCUAAGUCAUUAUGAGGGGAUUGGUCCAACAGAGACGGAUCUAGCUGCUAUCAAAAAACAGGCUGAGGAAUUCUUUGCAUUACCAGAAGAGGUGAAGUUGGGCUGCGAAAUGACAAAUUCAAGACACUUUUUGGGUUACACUCGAUUGGCAAACGAGAUCACUGCCUCCCAUACUGACUGGAGGGAGCAGAUUGAUCUCGCCACUGAGCUCCCACCUCCAUCAUCAGAUGAGCCAAUUUACAGAAAUAUUGAAGGUCCCAACCUUUGGCCAGAUGCAAAGGAGAUACCGAAUUUUCGGCCAACAGUGGAGGAAUACAUUACCAAGAUGACCAAAUUGAGCACAGUUGUGAGGAGGCUAGUUUCAGAAUCCAUUGGGUUGGACAGAAGUGCACUUGACGGCUACUUCAAGCCCAACCAACAAUGCAAAAUGAAACUAAUAUCGUAUCCAGAUGAAUCUGCGUUGGCAAGUUCAAAAUCGGUGGCUUUAGAUGAUACACCAUCAACUGGUCAAGGUGUUGGUCCCCAUAGAGAUUCUGACCUCCUCACGUAUAUCUUUCAAGCCACCGACCAUGAAAAUUCACUACAAGUUCAAAAUUUCCAAGGGAAAUGGAUCACGGUUCCAAAUAUUCCCAACCACUUAGUUGUUAAUAAUGGACAAACGUUGGAGGCCAUUACACAAGGUGUUUGUAAAGCCACAAUCCAUCGUGUGUUAAUUCCUGAACCAGGAAGUGGCACUAGAAUUUCAAUCCCGUUUUUCCAAACCAUCGAUUUGGAUUGCUUCAAGACAGCAGUAAAGACCAUCCCUAAAAGUGUUCUCAAGUUAAAAGAGGAAAGAGAUCAAAAGAUUAAGGAUUGGGCAGUUGAUGUGGGUUUCCAAUUCCAACCCGAUGUUGAGAAGGAGCCGGUUGGAUAUGCAGUGUUUAGAAACAGAAUUAAAUCUCAUCAAGAUGUUGCAAAGAAAUGGUACCCAAAUAUUUUAAAGGAAGUUUUGCAAGAGUACUCCUAUUGA